AAAGGACUAGGACCAGUAAUGUUAACCGAAAAAAUGAUAAACUAAUUGGUAUGAUGUUCAAGAAUACAGCUGUCAUUGCUCAAACAGUUUUUAGACAAUCAGGCACCAGAUCAAUACACAUUGCUGCUCCAGUUAUAUGUAAAGAAUGCCUGAAGAAUUCUAUUGGCUUUUCUAGAAAAUGGAACCAACCAAAGCACCUAAAAUUCUUAGGUUUUAUAAGAUAUAGUUCUAGUCAGGUACCACCUGAUGAAAUUAUAGAAAAACAAAGUUCAGGAUCAGGUGUUCUACCAGAACAAACAGCCACACCCAGUCCUCCUACUUCUAGUCCAAGUGAAGCAGAAGAUCCUAAAUUGUUGAAAGAACAGAAAAUAGUCAAAAUCAGGACGAAGAAACCAUUUGACCAUAAGUAUGUAGAGAAUAUUUAUAUAGAACCUGGUCGGGCCAUGGUGGAGUAUCUCUUAGUAUUAAGAGAGCUGAAUGAGAUUCCAAAGUACACACGACGUAGUCCAUAUGGUAGCGGUAAAAGUUUGACGGUUUAUAAAAGGAAAGACAUAGAAGAACUUGCAAUAAAGAAAUAUGGAAGUCUGGAAAAAUUGUCAAAAGAAAAAAUACUAAGGAUGGCACAGCUUCAAAUGAGAUACAGGAAAUUUCCAUUUUCUGAAGCUUACUACAAAGAUUACAUUGACAAACAUUACAUCUACUAUGAUAAAAAACCUGAGCAGCAAGCAGAAGAUCAAAAAGAAGGACACAAUAAGUGGACGUGGACAGGCACCGGUCAAGUUGUUGUUUCCUCUAUAUGUGUAAAUUUUUUCAAUGUGAUAAUUAAAGGCUUUGCCUGGGCUUUCACAGGGUCAUACAGUAUGUUUUCGGAAAUGAUUCAUUCAGCUGCAGACACUCUAAAUCAGAUAAUUCUUGGUAUUGGACUGUACCAGUCAUUUAAAAAGCCUGAUUCUGAUCAUCCAUAUGGGUAUUCUAACCUCCGACAUGUGUCCUCUCUGAUCAGUGGAGUAGGAAUUUUCUGUAUAGGUACUGGUUUUUCUGUUUAUCAUGGUAUCCAAGGACUUCUCCACCCAGAAGAAAUGGGAUUAAAUAUAUGGGCACUUGGUACUCUAGUUGGUAGUUUGGUAUCAGAAGGAGCUACACUGUAUUUAGCUGCUUCUCAAACACGGAAGAGUGCUAAAAAAGAAGGAAUAAAGUUUUGGAAGUAUGUUUGGCGUGGAUAUGAUCCUAAUACAACAGUAGUGUUGUUAGAAGACUUAGCAGCAGUUUCAGGUGUCAUAAUUGCAUCAGGUUGUAUUGGUUUAACAUGGUAUACUGGUAACCCACUCUAUGAUUCUGUGGGAUCAAUAGUAAUAGGAGGAUUAUUGGCAGGAGUAGCAGGUGUUAUUAUCAAAACAAACUCAGCAGCAUUAUUGAUAAGAUCUAUACCAUUGGAAAAGAAAGAUGAGAUUAGUAAAGAUCUGGAACAGGACAGAAUGAUAAGAUCUUUACAUGAUGUAAAAGCCACAGAGAUGGGUGGUCAGUGGAAGUUCAAGGCUGAAGUUGAUUUUGAUGGCAGGGAAAUAGCCAGAGCAUACCUGUAUAAAUUGGAUAUGGAACAGUUGUUGAAAGAGAUGCAGGACUUGCAGACGUCGACAGAUGCAGAGGAAUUCAUGUUGAAACAUGGACAACAGUUAAUUGAUUCCCUUGGUGAAGAAAUCGAUAGAAUUGAAAAAUUAUUGAAGUCAAAAUAUCCUGAGAUAAGACAUGUUGACCUUGAAGCCUUGUGAUAAUGGCAAAUUAUAUCUCAUCUUAUGACAGUGUGUGUAUGUGUGGUAUUACUCUCCUAGUUCAGUGUUUGACAGAAGGGAUAAGGCAAUAAUCUGUGUCCACACUUAUGUAAUCAGUUUAUUUAUAUCUGCAUCACAUACACAUAUUAUUGCCAGGAUUGUUAAACAAUCUAUGUUCAUAGAUCUCUUAAAUGAUUUUAUGUAUUGAAUAGACCACUUUCUAGUUAUGUCCUUAACCAUAAAAGUUCGUCAAUAUUGCACGCCUUUAUGACAACAUUUACCAGAUAGAGGAGACCACCUGCAUCCCUGCACUUUUAAAGUUCAUCAAGCCCCUUCGUGAUCGUCAUUAUGCAGGAUAAACUAGAAAUAAUUGUUGUUCCGUAGGUACUUAAUUACAAUUCCCUAAUGACAGCAUUGCUGAUUAUCAAUUAUAAGAAAUUAAUUUGCCGAAUAAAUUGUGCAAUAUAGCAACAUAUUUCUUCAACUGCUCGCUCAACAUGGGAAGGAAGUGACCAUGCCCCUAAACACACGAAUGCUGUUCACUAAAACCAAAAUUUUUGAUGGAAAUGCAAUGAACUGGAAAGUAUUCUAUUAUCAGAAAACACCAUAUGAUUUACUGUCAUAACAAAGAUUAAAACUAAAUUCAAUGUAGCAUACCUGCCAACUUCUUAAAAUCUCCAUUAGGAAUGUGAUGACAAAUUUUAAAACUAAAUUCAAAGUAGCAUACCUGCCAACUUCUUAAAAUCUCCAUGAGCUAUUUCAGGAUAAACUUUGAAUUUAAUUUCAAUGU